CACUCCAGUAAUUUGCACCAACUGAUGUCGGCCAACAUCCAAAUCAUUCGAGGCAGCGGUCCCACGUUGCAGAUCGGGACCCCUGCCGUGCCGCCGCAGACCUUCACGUCACAUCUACCACGAGGCGCAGCUGCAGCCGCUGUCAUGUCCAGCUCCAAAACGGUCCUCCGACCGGCCACCGGAGCAGGGGCGGGCCCAGGCCAGCCCACCGUGCAGCACAUCAUCCACCAGACUAUUCAGUCUCGCCCGGCUGUGACGACAUCCACGUCUGUGCUUCCCACCGUGGUGGCACCCAUUUCAGCCACGAGGACCCAGUCUCCCGUCAUCAGUCCCACCGCCACGCACUCUGCAGAAGUGGCUCACGGGCGUCCCGGCCUGACCAUUCACACGCCGCCGGCCAGCAUCAGCAUCCAGAGGCCUCAGACGUCACGUGACACGGCCACGCGCAUCACGCUGCCGUCGCACCCGGCCAUCGGCGCUCAGAAACCUCAGCCGCCGCACACCAUGGCGCAGAAGCCCAUCUUCAGUACCGUCACACCAGUCGCCGCGGCCACCGUGGCGCCCAUCGUUGCCACCAACACGGUGCCCUCGACCACCUCUAUAGGUUCCAUGCCGCACACCCAAAUGAGCAGCAACACUAUUGUCACCAUGACGAUGGCCUCCCACUCAUCGCAUGCCACCGCCGUCACUACCUCCGCCAUCCCCGUCGCCAAAGUGGUGCCUCAACCCAUCGCCCACUCGUCAUCUCGCGUACAGCCCGACUACCCCGGGGAGAGGGCCAACCUCAUCCCCAUCCAGGGCCAUCGCUCCUCGCCCAACCCUGUCACCAUGGAGCCCAGAAGUGACAACAGGUGAACUAAACUGUCAGACUUUUG